AGAGCACAUAUAUAGCCGAAAAUGGAGGGAAAGGAAGCGGAAGGUAUAAAAUGAUGUUGAGUUCGGCCAUUUUUGUUUCGGUGGAGGUCUCGGAGAUCCGGUGCUCUCGCGCUCACCUACCGAACGUCAAUUCUUUCACCAAUCUCUCGAGGGCAAUCGAAUCCCACCGCCGGUCCUCCCCCCCAAGCACCGCCGGUCAAUUCUAUUCAGUUAUCCGAAUCCCGAAGCAUUUUGGAUUCUAUCGAUCUUUGCGUCACGAUCGCUCCACCGGAGUUCCGAAUCGGAGGUAUCUGUUUGUUUUAAGGGGAGCAUUGGGGGUUCCUUCUCGUUAGGGUUGAAAGAAUCGGAAUGGUUGCGGGGCAAGUGAUGAUGCCUGUGUGUGAAAGUUUGUGUUUCUUUUGCCCUGCAUUGCGCGCGAGGUCGAGGCAUCCUAUCAAGCGAUACAAGAAGCUGCUCGCUGAUAUCUUUCCUCGCUCUCAGGAUGAAGAACCUAAUGACAGGAAGAUUAGUAAAUUGUGUGAAUAUGCAUCCAAAAAUCCUUUCCGUAUGCCCAAGAUCACUAGUUAUCUUGAGCAUAGAUUUUACAGGGAAUUGAGAAACGAGCGACUUCACUCUGUUAAAGUCAUCAUAUGUAUCUACAGAAAGCUGUUGAUUUCUUGUAAAGAGCAAAUGCCUCUAUUUGCAAGUAGUUUGCUUGGAAUCAUCCACAUCCUACUAGAUCAAGCACGUCAUGAUGAAAUGCGAAUUUUAGGAUGCCAAUCUCUCUUCGAUUUUGUUAAUAACCAAAGGGAUGGUACCUAUAUGUUUAACUUAGAUGGAUUGAUUCCCAAACUUUGCCUUUUAGCGCAAGAAAUAGGAGAGGAAGGGAGAGAAAAACAAAUGCGUUCUGCUGGCCUUCAAGCCCUCUCAUCUAUGAUUUGGUUUAUGGGUGAAUUUUCCAACAUAUCAGCAGAAUUUGACAAUGUUAUUUCUGUUGUCUUGGAUAAUUAUGGGGAUCUUAAAAAUACUUCCAGUUCUUCUGCCCACAAUGAGAAAGAUACUCAGGAUGCAACUGCAGUAGUUUCCCAUUCACGCGAACACAUAACAAGGAUGUGUUCAUGGAGGAUGAUAGUUACUGAAAAGGGGGAAAUGAUUGUGUCUCUGGAAGAUGCUCAGAACCCAGAAUUUUGGUCAAGGGUUUGCCUGCAUAAUAUUGCUAAGUUGGCUAAGGAAGCUACAACUAUGCGGCGUGUCUUGGAAUCUUUCUUCCGCUAUCUUGAUAAUGGCAAUCUCUGGUCUCCAAAACUUGGGCUUGGUCUUUCCAUCUUGGUAGAUAUGCAAGUAAUAAUGGAGACUUUAGGGCACAACUCACACUUUAUGCUUGCAAUUCUCAUCAAGCACCUCGAUCACAAGAAUGUUCUAAAAAAUCCUAUCAUGCAGAUUGACAUUGUUAAUGUCGCCACCUCCCUUGCUCAGCGUACAAAUGCCCAACCAUCUGUCGCCAUAAUCGGUGCACUAAGUGAUAUGAUGAGACAUCUUCGAAAAAGUAUACAUUGCUCCCUUGAUGAUGCUAACUUGGGAGCGGAAAUUGUACAAUGGAACCAGAAACACCAAGCUUCAGUUGAUGCUUGCCUUGUGGAGUUGUCCCAAAAGGUUGGAGAUGCAGGUCUUAUUCUAGACAUGAUGGCUGCAAUGCUAGAAAAAUUGUCAAAUAUUCCUGUAAUGGCCAAAACAUUGAUUUCUACUGUCUACCGGACAGCUCAAAUUGUGGCAUCAAUACCAAAUUUGGUGUAUCAAGAUAAGGCAUUUCCUGAGGCAUUAUUUCAUCAAUUACUACUGGCAAUGGUUUGCUCAGACCACGAGACCAGAGUUGGUGCUCACCGCAUAUUUUCUGUUGUUCUUGUUCCAUCAUCUGUCUGCCCACGUCCUCAUGCUUCUAUUCCCCCCUCAACAGAUCCUAUUUAUAUUCAAAGAACACUCUCAAGAACUGUUUCUGUGUUCUCCUCUUCAGCGGCACUUUUUCAGAAAGUGAAAGUUGAGCACUAUUCUGUACAAGAGAUCUUCUUAAAGGUGGACGAAAAGCCUAUAAUUCAACAGGUUUCAAAGGUUGAAAGUGAUUCCAUUUUGAACAGACUGAAAUCAAGUUACAGCCGGGUUUACACUGUGAAAAAGGAUCCAUCAAUUCCAGCUUUAGGUUCAGUUAUAGGCGAUGAAGAUCCAAAGAUCAACAAUAAUACCAUAUUGAAUAGACUGAAAUCCAAUUACAGCCGAACUUAUAGUAUGAAAAGGUAUCCACCUAGUACGGUUGCUGAUGAGAAACCUUUGAUAAGUUCAGAAAAGGAACCGACAAUGUUCCUUAGGCUUAGCAGCCGCCAGAUUACCAAUUUGCUCUCAUCAAUAUGGGCACAAUCUAUCUCUUCUCUAAAUAAACCUGAAAACUAUGUAGCAAUUGCUCAUACUUACUGCCUCGUGUUGCUAUUUGCACGGACUAAGCACUCCAGUCACGAGACGUUCAUUCGAAGUUUCCAACUAGCAUUUUCGUUGCGGAGCAUUUCCCUUGCGGGAGGUCAAUUGCAACCAUCACAUCGUAGAUCCCUUUUUACUUUGGCAACAUCAAUGAUCAUCUUCACAUCAAAAGCCUACAACAUCAUGCCUCUUGUCCCUCGUGCUAAAGCUGCCCUUACUAGUGAAACAGUUGAUCCAUUUCUAAAGUUGGUAGAAGAUUGCAAGUUACAGGUUGCUAGUUUAGGACAAGACAGUUCCAAACGGGUUUAUGGAUCAAAAGAAGACAAUGAAGAUGCCGUGAAAUCACUUUCAGCAGUCGAUACGAGUGAAAACCAAUCUAAAGAGUCAUUUGCCAAGCUAAUUCUGCAGACAUUGGAUAAUAUAUCAGAAAACGAGCUCUCAUCUAUUAGAGAGCAACUACUUCAAGAUUUUUUGCCAGACGAUGCUUGCCCGUUGGGAACUCAGUUUUCUGUCACACCAGGAGAAAUUUAUCAAUGUGGACCUAAGAAUGACGGAACUCCUGACAUGGUUAAUCCAUUAUUUUCAACUGAUAAUGAUAAUUUAUGUGAGGAGCCUCAAAGUCAAAAUGAUAAGACCUUGGGAAGUCCAACUCUCAUGAGUGCUGAUGAACUUUUGGAGUUGGUUUCCACUAUAUCAAAUCAAGUAGGGAGAUCAUCAGGCUCCUUCCCGACAAAUAUGCCCUACAAGGAAAUGGCUGGUAACUGCGAGGCCCUUUCAGAAGAAAAGCAGCAUAAGAUAUCCAAUUUUAUGAGCUCUCAAUCAAGUGAAAGGCGACGUUCAGGUAGAACUUCCAACAAUGACAACAACAAUCAGUUAAAGGAAGAACCUUCAAGGCGUCGCGUUCAAUUCAAUGUAAAUACGAGCGGAAACCCAUUCGUUGACUCAGAUUUUCCCAAGUACCGGAAUUCGUCCAUGGACAUCCUUCCAAGGGUUUGUUCAAUUGAGUACCAAACUCAUCCCCACCUCUUCGACCUACUACCAUGCUCAAACCCAUACGAUAACUUUCUAAAGGCAGCUGGUUGUUAGAGCCAUAUGGUAAUAAUGAUGACUGGCUAUAAAUUUCAAGGUGAGAAAGCGAAAGCUCCCUGGCUCUGCCUUAUGUAUUGGCCAUCUUCUCAUAUUAAUGCAAGUUCUUGCCAUCUUUUUUGUACAUAUUCGUUUAAUCCAUUCGUGCCAUUCUCUUGCUGGAGAGAUGCUCAUCAAAUAGUACUUCUUUUUGGUUGCUUCAGCUGGCAUGCUCACAGAUUGUUGAAACCAGUUAUUGGUGGUGCCCCUGGAUUAUGUAUGGUAGAUAUAGAUUUUUAGACGGGUUUUCUUUCUGCAAUUUGGAUUCCAUGGCCAUCUCUGUCCAUUUGUAAAAAGUACAGAUAAUGGGCUUGUAAGUAAGGAGGUUCCAUUUGUAAAAGGAACAUUUGUGAUAUAUAAAUACUAUAGGAUUAUAACUGUAGUUUAUUUAGGUGAGGGCUCCUUUCAUUCCCCUCUCUUAAUUAAGUUCAUAAGUUUUAGCUCAUCUAGUUCAAGCAUGGUAUAGGGUCGAUAUUUGAAAUUUAGAAAGUUUCAAUUACAUUAUUUAACUUUAGAUUAUGCUUCUAUUUAGUGUCAUGUUAGUGCCAUCGAUGA